AUGAAUAGCAACGAUAAUAAUAACGAUCAAAAUACAAUCCCUGUGAAUUUAAAUGAAAAUUCCUGGUUUCCUGCAGGAAGUUCUUUGAUGAGAAAUAACAUGACGACAGAAUCUAAAAUCACAGAAACAACCUCAGGUAAAGAUAUUUCAAUGCAGACUGCUAUACCGCAUACUCUACCAUUAAAUCAGGUUAAUCAAUCUUCUCUUACAACUGAUAAUGUAUCUUCUAACAAUAUACCGAACCCUAUAGAGAAGGCCUUUGGUAUUGUAGAGGACUAUAUACGGCAUACCAAUCAAUCAAAUACUAACAAUCAGCCAAUGAGUAUAAAUUCACCUCAAAUGAAAAGGACUGCUACAUCUCCUCAACAGGAGAAAAUUCAGCAAGAUACUUAUUAUUCCAAAAAGAGAGCAACAAGAGCCUGUGAGAGUUGUAGAAAGAGGAAAAUUAAAUGUGAUCCGGUAGAUCCAAUAACUAAUAAAUGUUCCAAUUGUACUAAAUUUCACAUGAUUUGUGUAUUUGAUAAUAGGAAGAGGAAAGCCACUAAUGCAAAUACAAAUUCAAAUAAAUUAUUAAAGACGAUGAAUCCCAAAAGUCAUGAAUCUGAGGACGAUCAAGAUGAUAUUGAAGAUCAUCUCCAUGGUAAUUGUCAACCAUUGAAUACCAAUGAUUCUUCUAUAAAUAUCAACCUCUUACAUGAAACAAAAAAUGAAAUUGAUAGCCUAGAUCAAUCAAAUGAUAGAGUCUUGAAAAUAGAUAGGAAAGUUACCAUGCUAUAUGAUCAAAUGGCAAAAAUGGUUUGGAUGAUGGAUAAAAUACUUUCUAAUAAUAUUUCUAAUUCGAAUUCAAAUAAUUCAAAAUUAUUAGAUCAUGGUCAUUUUCCAGUUUUUAAAAUUUAUAAAACUAUCAUUUUCUCACCAAGUAAGAUUAAAUGGAUUAAAACUCAAUUAUCAACCCCUUUAGCAAUUAAUAAUGAAGAUUUCAUAUUACCAAUUUAUAAAAUGUCAAAUAUUUCAUGGAAAUAUUCGAUGAUUAGAUCAAAAAAAUUAAUGAAUUUUUCCUCACCAACUUUAAUAGAUAAUAUUCCACAAUUAUACCCUCUACCCAUGAAAAGAACAUCUGAAAAAUUAUUAAAAUAUGGACAUCCAUGCUUUUCUUCUUCUAUUACAAGUAUUCCAAUUGUGGAGUAUGAUAAUGUAAUGACUAUUUUAAAUAAAUAUUAUGAUACAAGGACUUCAGAAUCUACAGUGCCACAAGAAACUUCCCCAAAUCAUACCAAUUUAAGUUGUUCGGAAUUAUUUUUGUUAAACAUUACAAUUUGUUUAGGUGCAUCUGCAGUGAAUAUGAAUUCAAAUAACCCUACAGAAGACAAAUUUUUAAAUCUGAAUUUAACUUCAUCCGAAAUCAAAUGUAUUGAAAAUUUAUCUUUAUUGAAUUCCAUUUAUUAUUGUAAUAAAUUAGCUAUCUCUACUAUUUCAAAUUCUACCUCGGUGUCAAAUUUAAUUACCGUUCAAUCAUUAAUUCUACUGAGUCAUUAUUUGCAAAUAUCUACUAAUAUAGAAUUAUCUUCAAACAUCUUAUCAAUAGCAAUCAGAUAUGCAAUUGAUCUUGGUUUACAUUUGAUAGACUAUUAUAAGGAUUUGGAUGUUAAUAAAUCUAUGCAAUUAUUAGGACUUUGGUGGCAUCUUUAUUCAAAGGAUAAAUUAUUUUCUUUAAUCUUAAAUCGUCCACCUAUUAUUAAAAAAUUAGAUAUUCAAUGUUUGGAUGAUGAAAGCUUCUUAAAUAUUAUUAAGAAAGCAUUAAUUGAAAAAUUCAAAUCAAAUACUAUUGAGAUUAAUAAAAUGAGUGAUGUAAAGAUUGGGUUGAAUAAGAUAUCCAAUUAUUAUGACUAUUUCCCUUUGGUACUCUCUUAUUAUACAUUACAAUUAUCAACUAUCUCUGAAGAAAUCUUUAAUACAUGUUUUGCAAUUAAUAGCAUGAAAUUAAAUUCAUUUGAUGAAAUUUUACAGAAGGUUAAUGCUAUAAACGAAAAAUUAUUAAAUUGGGAAUAUAGCUUACCACCAUGUUUAAAGAUCAAAUCUUAUAAAAAUUAUAUGACUAUGUUAUUUUCUCAAAAUACAGUAAUUUUCCCACCCUUCCAUUUAGAUAUGGUUUGUUCAAGAAUUUUGAAAUGUAAUUAUCAAUUAUUAUAUUUGAAAAAUGUUUUAAGUAUGUUCACACUUUCUUUUCUAAUUGAUAAUGAAGAUUUAUUUAGAAAAUCUUCAAUCUGUAUUCCAAGAAUUUAUCAACAAUUUAUUAAUCAGAAUAAAGAUUCAUCUAUUAAAAUGUUAGAACUACUUAAAUGUUUUGAUAUUAAAAUUCAUAUGUGGGACGAAUUAUGGUAUUAUUUCUUAACGGGAGUCUUUACAUUGUCGUUUUACAUUAUUAAGAAUAUAAAUGGAGAAUCUUCUGAAUUACCAUAUUUAAUAAAGUUAUUGCAAAAUGGUCAUGAGUUAUUUAUGGCAGAUAAGUCAAAUAUUUAUUUAUCAAGUUCAAUUAAAUGGAAUGUAGAUACAUUCUUUUAUACCUUUAUCUUGCAUCACAUUUUAAAUUAUGUUAAAUUUAAAUAUCCAAAUAAUGACGAUUUUAAAUUUCAUGAUAGACCUUAUGAACAAAUUUAUUCAGACAUAAUCAAAAAGACUAAUAGAAUGAAAAACAUCGAAUUAAAUGAAUUGAUUUGUGUUUUACAAAAUCAUAAAGAUCAUUCUCCAAACACUGCUACUUCCACUACGGAUGAUAUUGCUAACGCUUCAAUUAAUAAUGAUGUUCAUUCACCUACCUUAACAUUAGGAAUAGAAAUAUCGACACCCGCAAAUGAAUUUGAUUUUAAUGGUUUAUUAAAACCAUUAUCCACAGAUUUUUCAAGCGGCUUGAAUUUGGAUUCAUUGAUACAAUUAAAAACAUCCGAUUUUAUGGCAACUUGGUCAGAAUUAGAUGAAGAUUCAACGCCACCCCUAUCUUACGAUUCUUCUUUGUUUCCAAUUGAACCAAUUAAUUUCUCUGUAAAUCAUACUAUAUUUGCAGGUUGCGAAGAAGAAGUUACUUAUACUAAAAAAGUUCAUGAUAUUAAUAUGAUUUUAUCUUCAGAUGAUCAAAGUUCUGAUCUUAACAAAUUUUCAAUUGCAUCAGAUCCUUUCUGGGUAUCCUAUAACAAAUAUUUCCCAAAGGGUAAUUUUUUCUAUGACAGAGAUUUGUUUUUUGCAAAUUAUGAUGCUUAUAUAUAG